GUCUGCAUCCGCAAGCCUGGGUGUCCCUGGGUCUGGCUGGCUGGCCCUCUGCGGGUGGCACCUCGCUUCCCAAGGCCUCCCUCCUCCACUCCACCCUGCCGAAGGAUAGCUCGCCCCACAGCCCAGGAGUGCGGCAUGCUUCCUCCAGGGUCCAGGAACGUCUUGCUGCUGGCGGCCUCCCUUCUCUUUGCUGGGCUGUCAGCUCUUCCUCAAAGCUUCUCGCCAUCGCUGAGAAGCUGGUCGGGUGCCUCCUGCAGGCUGACCCGGGCAGAGUCGGACCGCCGCUGCAGGGCCCCUGGGCAGCCCCCCGGGAGCGUGCUGUGCCAUGGCCGGGGCCGAUGUGACUGUGGAGUUUGCAUCUGUCAUGUCUCCGAACCAGGCAUGUACUUUGGGCCGUUCUGUGAGUGCCACGAGUGGGUGUGCGAGACCUAUGACGGGAAGACCUGUGCAGGUCAUGGCAAGUGCGACUGUGGUAGGUGUAAAUGUGAUGCAGGAUGGUCAGGGGAAGCUUGCCAGUACCCAACCACGUGUGACUUGACCAAGAAACAAAGUAACCAAAUGUGCAAGAAUUCCCAAGACACCAUCUGCUCUAAUGCAGGUACAUGUCACUGUGGCAGAUGUAAGUGUGAUAAUCUUGAUGGAAAUAGACUGGUUUAUGGAAAAUUUUGUGAAUGUGAUGACAGAGAAUGCAUAGAUGAUGAAACAGAUGACAUAUGUGGAGGCCAUGGAAAGUGUUACUGUGGAAACUGUUACUGUGAGGCUGGUUGGCAUGGAGAUAAAUGCGAAUUCCAGUGCGACAUCACCCCCUGGGAGAGCAAGCGAAGAUGCACAUCUCCAGAUGGCAAAAUCUGCAGUAACCGAGGGACUUGUGUGUGUGGUGAAUGCUCUUGCCAUGACGUUGACCCCACUGGGGACUGGGGUGAUAUUCAUGGAGACACCUGUGAGUGUGAUGAAAGGGACUGUCGAGCAGUGUAUGACAGAUAUUCUGAUGACUUCUGUUCAGGCCAUGGACAAUGUAAUUGUGGAAGAUGUGACUGCAAAGUCGGUUGGUAUGGGAGGAAGUGUGAACACCCACGAUCCUGCCCGCUGCCAAUGGAGGAGAGCAUCAAGAAGUGUCGGGGGAGCUCAACUCUGCCCUGCUCCGGAAGGGGUAAAUGUGAAUGCGGUAAAUGCACGUGCUACCCUCCAGGCGAUCGCAGGGUGUAUGGCAAGACGUGUGAGUGUGAUGAUCGCCGCUGUGAAGACCUCGAUGGUGUGGUCUGUGGAGGCCAUGGCGUAUGCUCCUGCGGUCACUGCAUUUGUGAGCAAGGAUGGUUUGGCACACUCUGCCAGCAUCCACAGAAGUGUAACCUGACAGAAGAACAAAGCCAGAGUUUGUGUGAAUCAGCAGAUGGCAUACUGUGCUCCGGAAAGGGUUCCUGUCACUGUGGCAAAUGCAUUUGUUCCACCCAGGAAUGGUAUGUUUCGGGGGAAUUGUGCGACUGUGAUGACCGGGACUGCGACAAACAUGAUGGCCUCAUUUGCACAGGGAAUGGAAUUUGUAGCUGUGGAAACUGUGAAUGCUGGGACCGAUGGAAUGGAAAUGCUUGCGAAAUUUGGCUUGGCCCAGACUACCCAUAGCAUUCUUCACUUUUUAAAAGCUAUUGAAACAUAUAAAUGAAAACCAUGUAUAUUUACCACUAGGACAGAGCAAACUGACUAUUGUAUGUUUUUCUAUUUCUAAAUGCCUGAAAGAAUUCCGUUGGAAAUAAGUUAAGCAAAUGUGGAUGCAGAUGCACUAGAGAGAACCCUCUCACUCACCCCAAAUCGUUACAUCAAUGCUGCUCCACAGGGACCAGGCUGCCCCAAAAAAGACAUUUGGGAAUGCGUGCAGAUCAUUUUGAUUGUUAUACUAGGGAAGGCAGUGCUACUAGCAUUUAGUCUGGAGAGACGGUGGAUGCUGAUCAGCAUCCUAUCGGGACCAGAGGAGCGCCGUAACGAAGAAUGAUCUGACUCCCAAUGUCCAAAUGGUGAAGUUGAGAACUCCUGAAUUACAGUUGUUAGACGUGCACAUCUCUGUGCAACAAAGACCAUAUUUAACACGAAGGAAAAGAUAGAUCCCUCACAAGGUUUCCCCAAGUUUCUGUGUCACAGUUUCUCUAGGAAAGCGAUGAAAACGAAGGCAUACGGGGUGUCAUGUCAGGGGGCAAGACACAGCCCAGAGCUCAGAUCCCUCAGAAAUGAGAAAAACUGUUCAUGUUUUCCCACUAAUUCGUUUGUCUGCUCACGUUUCAACCUCACAGAGGAAUGGUCUUUAGGGUGAAAAAAGAAACUAUGAAAAAUGUACGAUUUAACAUUUUAAAUAAAGAAUUCCACAAAUUA